AUGUCGUGGCUAUUUGGUGGACGUAAGUCGGAAACGUCCAACGCGUCUUCUGCGGCCGAAGAGCCUUUUUUAAACGACUCGGAAUCGCAAAAAUCACUAGGAUUCGACCCCAGCCAGGUAACGAAUGUAUCGAGUAUUAUUUCCACUCCCGGCGCUUUGGAUGUGUCGAGACUGCAUCCAUUAGCCGGUCUAGAACGUGGUGUAGAGUAUCUGGAUCUGGAAGAAGAAAAGUUGUCGACCAUGGAAGGGUCCAGAAGUUUGAUCCCCUCCAGAGGCUGGACCGAUGACCUUUGUUACGGGACGGGUGCCGUGUAUCUAGUGGGUCUGGGACUGGGAGGCUCGUACGGGUUCUUCGAAGGUCUGAGAAACAUCCCUCCAAAUAGUCCGGGCAAAUUGCAACUCAACACCGUGCUGAAUCACAUCACCAGAAGAGGACCUUUCAUCGGCAACAACGCCGGUGUUUUAGCACUCACAUACAACCUGAUCAACUCUUCUAUCGACGGGUUGAGAGGCAAACACGACGCUGCGAACUCCGUGGUUGCAGGUGCUCUAACUGGUGCCAUUUUCAAAUCGUCCAAGGGCCUCAAGCCCAUGGGCUACGCGUCCGGUAUGAUGGCUGCAGCCGCUGCUGGCUGGUGCGGCCUCAAGUCUUUCGUGUUGUGA